AUUUAAUUUGCCGAGGUCACAAAUUUUUAUGUAAAUCAAAAAUAAGAUGGAUUUGAGACGUCCUGGCCCAAUGCGAACUGCUGCUGCUAGUCGAGACCAUACCAGAUAUUGUGAUUUUCACCAAGAUCACGGCCAUACUACAGAGCAGUGUAACAGUUUAAAGUCCGAACUGGAAAGUUUAGCUCAGAAGGGAAUGCUGAAUGAGUAUGUACAAAGAGCUGAACAGCCGCGGUUUGUUGGAGAGCAGAGGCCGCAGCCUCAAGGAGUCCGCAAUCCCCCAAACAGACAAGGUGUGGGAUAUCAGCAAGCCCCACCUCCGCUCCCACCACCGGCUAGAAUCAUACAUAUGAUUACGGGAGGCCUUGAAGCAGGUGGACUGAGCUCUAAACAGCGAAAGCUGUAUGUUAGAGAGGUUAAACACCAAAACCGAGCUCAGAAGCGAAAGCUUGACGAUGCUGAAUGGAAGAAUCAACCCAUUACUUUCACAUCUGCUGACCUCGACACAGUUGUUACACCCCACAAUGAUCCCCUGGUCACUUCUGUCAUGAUCAAUAACUGUGAAGUACAGCGUGUCCUUGUUGACACCGGGAGUGCACCAGACAUUAUGUAUUUCCACUGUUUCGAGAGUCUUGGACUAGACCCAGCAUUGUUGCAGAAGUAUGAUGGUCCUAUCUAUGGUUUCAACAACCAACCUGUUCUGGUAGAAGGAGUUCUUACCCUCCAUGUGGCUUUUGGGAGUGGUCGGACCUAUGUAGCCCCUUCAGUCCGGUUCCUCGUCGUCAAAAUGGCCUCUUCUUUCAACAUUGUUAUUGGCCGACCCACAUUGACCGAAAUCAAAGCUGUGGUUUCCCAAUCUCAUCUUUGCAUGAAAUUCCCCACUCCUAUGGGAAUAGCAACACUGCGAGGAAAUCAGGAGGUGGCCAGACACUGUUAUAUCACCUCGGUAACACAACCAACGAAGGGCAAAGAUAAGACACCCGAGGUUAUUCCCCAGCGAAUUCCCGAUAAUCAGCAGGUUAUGGGUGUAGAGAUCAUAGAUAAUCGACCAGAUGAUGAAACCAGAGCUGCUCCGGUCGAAGAUGUUGAAGAAGUGCUCGUUGAUGACAGAGAUCCAAGCCGAAAGACGCAGAUCAGAACUAGAUUGAAUCCGGAGGAGAGAGCAGAGCUGAUAGCUUUUCUCCGAGCUAACAAUGAUGUAUUUGCAUGGACUUCGGCAGAUAUGCCAGGAAUUCCAAUUUCAGUAUGUCAACAUAAGCUCAGUACCAACCCAUUGAAGAAACCAGUGGCCCAGAAGCGGCGUCUCUUCGGGGGGGAGAGGCUUCAGGCUAUUAAAGAAGAGGUAGAGAAACUCCUACAAGCUGGUUUUGUCCGGAAAGUUGAUUACUGUGAAUGGGUGGCUAACCCAGUCCUGGUGAAGAAGGCAAAUGGUAAAUGGCGAAUGUGUAUUGACUACACAAAUCUUAACAACGCCUGCCCUAAGGAUUGCUAUCCAAUGCCGAGCAUUGACAAAUUAGUUGAAGCGGCUUCAGGCAAUGAGAGGUUAAGCCUCUUGGACGCAUAUUCGGGGUAUCACCAGGUGCCAAUGGCUCCAGAAGACGAAGAGAAAACUGCGUUCUAUGCUGGCGAUGAAAUUUAUUGUUACGUCAUGAUGCCGUUUGGUUUGAAGAAUGCAGGUGCUACUUACCAGAAAAUGGCAGAAAAUCAUCUAGCCGACCUUGAUGAAACCUUUAACAACCUCAGAAAGAACCGGAUGCGGUUAAACCCAGCCAAGUGUAUCUUCGGAGUGGAGUCUGGAAAGUUUCUAGGUUUCAUGGUGUCCCGAAGAGGGAUUGAGGUCAAUCCAGAGAAGAUCAGAGCAAUUGCCGAGAUGGAACCGCUGAAUGACUCCCAGCUCGUGGUGAACCAAAUCAACUCUAUUUGCGAAGUUGUUGAUCCUGUAAUGAUGAAGUAUGUAGCCUUGGUGGCCGAGCUGAAGUGCAAAUUCCAGAAAUUCUGGCUGAAGGUCUUAGAUGAACCAAGCUUCACGAAGCCUCGGGUGAUGGAAAUUAGCACAAACCCUGACACGCCAAGCUGGACUGAUUCAAUUGCCUCCUUCUUACGAGAUGGGAUAGCGCCUGAGGACAGGCAAGAGGCAAUGAAAUUGAGGAAGAAAGCAUCUCGGUAUACACUUGUUGAUGGAGUCCUGUAUAAGAGAUCUUUCUCACUUCCUCUUCUACGGUGUUUAAACCCCUAUGAAGCUGAAUACGCACUUCGAGGGGUGCAUGAAGGUGUCUGUGGGAGCCAUGUUGGUGCUAGGACUCUCGCUCACAAAGUCUUAAGGCAAGGAUACUACUGGCCAAACAUGUACAGAGAUGCCACCUACUUUGUUCAGAAGUGCCCGAAAUGUCAAUUCUUCGCACACCUGACUCAUCAGCCAGCAGAAGAACUCACGAACUUGGUAGCACCGUGGCCAUUUGCUCAGUGGGGACUAGAUCUUUUAGGCCCAUUUGUGAAAGGGGUUGGUGGUGUAACUCAUCUGAUAGUUGGUGUGGAUUAUUUCACAAAGUGGGUUGAAGCUCGGCCUUUAUCUAGUCUUACCUCUAAGAAGGUCGAAGAUUUUGUUUUCGGUUCGAUCAUCUGCAGAUAUGGGAUCCCAAAUCAGAUCGUGGCCGAUAAUGGAACCCAAUUCAAUUGCUCCUCCUUUCGAGAUUUCUGCUCCAGUUAUGGGAUCAAGUUACAGUUCACCUCCGUUUACCAUCCGGAGUCCAAUGGCAUGGUGGAAUCUGUUAACAAAUGCAUUUUGGAAGGUAUAAGGCCGAGAUUGGAGCAGCAUAAGGCCAAGUGGGCAGACGAGCUCAACAAUGUCCUCUGGGCAUACAGAACCACGAGCCGAACUGCCACAGUGGCUUACUUCUUCUUAAUUCGUCUGAAGUGAAUUACUUCUUCUUACUUCUUCUUAAUUCGUCUGAAGUGAAUUACUUCUUACUUCCUCUUAAUUCGUCCGAAGUGAAUUACUUCUUAAUUCUUCCCAAAUCCAGUCUCAAGUACCCUCAGUUCUUUUAUU